UACACUGCAUGUUGGAUGCCUUAAACAGAUUACAGAUGUGGAGGCGUUCACUACUGAGGGGCACCACCUGUGUCCUACAGGUGGCAUGCCGGAGGUUUCACCCCCAAAGACAUUUUUCCUCCCCCAUGUUGAGACUGGUCACUCAGAAGCUCCUUGCUGGGGCUACGUGUCGGUUAAGGUAUCGGGGUGCAGGCUAUUUCCUGGCACAUCUCGGGGACAGAGCGUAUAAAAAAGAUGCCAAAUCAACUGUAGAGUUACCUGUGAGUCCCAUCACCGUCACUGAAAUUAAACAAUAUCUACGAGCCAAAGACAUCCCCAUCCACGACGGCUACAGCUGCCUGCACGCCCCGAGCAUCUUCACCGACGCCGCCUCCAGGAAGGAUAAGAUGUCCCUGUUCAUAGACAAAACCACCGGGCAGUUUCUGUGCAAGGACACGAUGGUGGAAGGCAGCUGGGAGGACCUUCAGGACUGUCUGGAGGUGAUGCAGGCGGAGGAGCGGGACUCCCUCAGCCCUCAUGUGUUGCUGGGGUAUCAGGAGAGCGUGGAGGAGCAGGAGGAGACGGAGAGGGAGCUGAGGGAGGUUCAGAGGAUCUGGUCCAGCUCGGUGCAGUUCUCUGACCUCCCUGAUGACGAGGCUCAGCUCAUCAAAACUAUGUUCCAGAUCACAAAGAUCUCAAACGCAACCCUGAAGAAGUUCGGCGUGCGGCUCUUCAAACCCACCAAGAGUCUGGUCUUCCCGUGGUUCGGCGGUCCCGACUCCUCCUUAAAAGGCGUGAAGCUCCUCUCCGCCCAGAGCACCGACACCGACACCGUCACCUACCACGAAGCCACCGUCCCAAAGUCUAACUCCUACUACAACCUGUUCGGCCUGCCUCUGGUGAGCCGCAUGGACCCCGAGGUGGUGCUGACGGGUCACGAGCUGGACACCCUGGCCGUGAGUCAGGCUACGGGACUCCCCAGCGUGGCUCUCCCACGGGGUGUCAGCUGCCUCCCACCCAUCCUGCUGCCUUACCUGGAGCAGUUCAGGCGGGUGACUCUGUGGCUCGGGGGUGACAUGCGCUCCUGGGAGGCGUCUAAGAUCUUCUCCCGUAAGCUGGGUCUGAGGCGGUGCUCGCUGGUGAGGCCCGGGGAGGAGCGGCCGUGCCCCGUCCAGGCGCUGGCUCGGGGGAAGAACUUGAGCCAGAUCAUUAAGACGUCCAUACCGGCGGCUCACAAGUCCAUCGUGUCGUUCAAGCAGCUGAGAGAGGACGUGUACGGAGAGCUGGUGAACACGGAGCAGGUGGCCGGAGUGAAGUGGGCCAGGUUCCCACAGCUCAACAAGAUCCUGAAGGGGCACAGGAAGGGAGAGCUGACGGUCUUCACAGGUCCAACAGGAAGUGGGAAGACGACGUUCAUCAGCGAGCUGGCCCUGGACCUCUGCAUGCAGGGCGUGAACACGCUGUGGGGAAGCUUUGAGAUCAACAACGUGCGUCUGGCUAAAAUCAUGCUGACUCAGUUUGCGGCUCAGCGUCUGGAGGAGAACCUGGAGCAGUACGACUACUGGGCCGACAAGUUUGAGGAGCUGGCUCUUUACUUCAUGACGUUCCACGGACAGCAGAACAUCAAGACGGUGUUGGACACGAUGCAACAUGCUGUCUACCUCUACGACAUCAACCACGUCAUCAUCGACAACCUGCAGUUCAUGAUGGGACAAGAAAACCUCUCAGUGGACAAGUUUGCGGUCCAGGAUCACAUUAUCGGAGCGUUCAGGAAGUUUGCCACAAACACCAGCUGUCACGUGACUCUGAUCAUUCAUCCCAGGAAAGAGGAGGACGACCGAGAGCUGCAGACGGCUUCUAUCUUCGGUUCUGCUAAGGCCAGCCAGGAAGCCGACAACGUCCUCAUCCUGCAGGAGAAGAAGCUGGUCACCACGUCCGGCCGAAGGUCUCUGCAGGUCACCAAGAACCGCUUCGACGGAGACGUUGGCAUCUUCCCCCUGGACUUCAUCAAGACCUCGCUCACGUACUCGGCUCCCGUCAAGGGGAAACUCAAACUGAAGAAAGUGACGGCCAAACCGGAGGACGGGGAGGGGGGCAGCUUCAUCUCCUACCGGCAGCUUCAUCUCCUACCGGCAGCUUCAUCUCCUACCAGCAGCUUCAUCUCCUACCAGCAGCUUCAUCUCCUACCCGGCAGCUUCAUCUCCUACCAGGCAGCUUCAUCUCCUACCGGCAGCUUCAUCUCCUACCAGCAGCUUCAUCUCCUACCAGCAGCUUCAUCUCCUACCAGCAGCUUCAUCUCCUACCAGCAGCAUCAUCUCCUACCAGCAGCUUCAUCUCCUACCAGCAGCUUCAUCUCCUACCAGCAGCUUCAUCUCCUACCAGCAGCUUCAUCUCCUACCAGCAGCUUCAUCUCCUACCAGCAGCUUCAUCUCCUACCAGCAGCUUCAUCUCCUACCAGCAGCUUCAUCUCCUACCAGCAGCUUCAUCUCCUACCAGCAGCUUCAUCUCCUACCAGCAGCUUCAUCUCCUACCAGCUCCUUAAAAGAGGGGAAAAGGAACAAAUGAAAUGA